GGGUUCUUGGUUCUCAAUCCACCAUCGGCCAACUUUUUCCUUCAAUUCUAUUAUACUGCUAUCGUAUUAUUAUAUCGUCACAGUAAGGUUAACGGUUGAGUUUAGAAUGGUUGGUAAUGGAAUCAGAAUGCGUGAUUCAUUCACGUUGAACAACACUAAUGUUUUUGCCGCGCUCACAACUUUGAGGAAGAAGAAGAAGAACAAGCCUAUCAAACUUAUCAAAGAUCAAGGUUCGUUGAAGAAGCAACAGGAGGAGGAGAAGAAUAAUCCGGAGCCGCAGGUUCUUUGGACCCUGACUCCAUUGAUCGCCGAGUCCUGGGCGGAUGUUGAAGAUGAUGACGAUUUUGAUUACUUUGCAUCUACAGCUCCUCCGCAAGUAGUCUGGGGUACUGCACCUGAUCUACAAUCCGACGAGAAGGAGAUCCCAGGGCUCUUAGAGGAAAGUGAAAGUGGGGAAGAAGAGGAAAAAGAUGUUGUUGAUGAAAAUGAAGAACAUAAACCUACUAAAGUAGUAUCCAGUGAGAAAGAACCAACCAUUACUGCAGUUCUUUUGCCAACAAAGGAUCCAAAUAGGCAGCUAUCCAAAAAGGAACUGAAGAAAAAAGGGCUUGCAGAACUAGAUGCUGUUCUUGCUGAAUUAGGGUACUACUCUAAGUCUGAAGCUAGUUGCCAAGAUGACCCAAAUGAUAAGAAGAUAGACAAAACCUCGAAACAACAUAAAAAGAAGGAUAAAGCAAUGAAAGAGGCAAAAGGUACAUCAUCGAUGAAGAAAGUUGCAUCAAUGAAGAAGAAGAAGAAAUCAAGCAAGGAAAUGGAUGUUGCUGCUAAAGCUGCAGCUAAUGAGGUCGCGGUUAGGAAUGCAAAGCUGGCAGCUGCGAAGAAAAAGAAGAAGAUUCACUACAACCAGCAGCCAUUGCGGUAAUUGUUGAUUUGUUUGUAAUUUGAUUGCAAAUAGAACAUUAGAAUUUGAUCAAUUGUGAAUUUGUGAUGGCAUAUGAAAACAUGGAGUAUUAUAUAACAAUAUCAUAUUGAAAAAUAUUACUAAAGAACAAAUUAUUUGUUAAACAAAUGGACAAAUUCAAAGGAAAUUCCCCUUC